UCCAUCUUCCCUGCGGCUUUAAAAACCACAGCCCAUGGGCAGGAGGGACCUUCGAUCACCCAUCGAUCAUCUCUUCGGGAGCCCCGAGCCCAGAAGACGGACCCCAUGGAGAAUAGCACCGGUUUUGAUUAUUCCUCCUAUGACAACUUCGACCUGGACCCGAACGUCUCUGUGGAUAACCGUUCCGACACCCUGCACCCUUUGAACAUCUUGGCCUUGCUCAUCUUCGCAAUUGUCUUCCUGGUGGGAGUGCCAGGCAAUGCCCUGGUGGUCUGGGUGACGGCAUUUGAGGUCAAACGGGCCGUCAAUGCCAUCUGGUUCCUCAACCUGGCGGUGGCCGACCUCCUCUCCUGCCUGGCGCUGCCCAUCUUGUUCACGUCCAUCAUCCAGCACAACCACUGGCCCUUCGGGGAGGCUGCCUGCCGCGUCCUGCCCUCCCUCAUCCUGCUGAACAUGUACGCCAGCAUCCUGCUCCUGGCCACCAUCAGCGCCGACCGCCUGGCACUGGUGUUUGACCCCAUCUGGUGCCAGAACUUUCGGGGCGCCCGCUUGGCCUGGGUGGCCUGCUCCGUGGCCUGGGGCCUGGCCGUGCUGCUGACCAUCCCGUCCUUCCUGUACCGCACGCUGCACGAGGAGCACUUCCCCCCCAAGACGAUAUGUGGCCUGGACUACGGCGGAGACGGCAAGCACAAGGAGCGCAUCGUGGCCUGCGUCCGGCUGGUCGUGGGCUUCCUGUGGCCGCUGUUCACCCUCACCUUCUGUUACACCUUCCUCCUGCUCCGGACGUGGAGCCGCAGGGCCACGCGGUCCACCAAGACGCUCAAGGUGGUGGUGGCAGUGGUGGCCAGCUUCUUUAUCUUCUGGCUGCCCUACCAGGUGACAGGGAUGAUGAUGGCUUUGCUCCCCCCGUCCUCAUCCACUUUCAAGCAAGUGCAAAAGGUGGAUUCCUUGUGCAUCUCUCUUGCCUAUGUCAACUGCUGCAUCAACCCUGUCAUCUACGUGGUGGCCGGCCAGGGCUUCCACAGCCGACUGCGCAAAUCCCUCCCCAGCUUACUCCGCAACGUGCUGACCGAGGAGUCCGUGGUGAGGGAGAGCAAGUCCUUCACCCGCUCCACCGUGGACACCCCGGCAGAGAAGAGCCAAGCGGUGUGAGCCGAGGCCACCUGGGCUACCACGGCUGAUGUCCCCCUUCCUUUGCGGCCACUCCCGCUCGGCUUGUUUGAACUCCGCUCUUGGCGGGGUGGUGUCAUCUCAGCGAACCCUUCCUCAUUCCUCUUGUCUUUCUCGGACUUGUCGCUCCUCUUCCAGGGUGACCGUCCUCAUCCUUCCUCACUGCCAGGAACUAACACUUCCUUUCCGGGAGCCCCAACCUGUCCUUCCAUCCCAGACUUUUGCAAAACAAACAGAAGCCAAGGGGACUAUGUCCUGUGUGUGUGCAGAGAGCGUGAACGGAGGACAUUAGAAUACAUGCAAAUAGAAACAUUCCCAUGUAAAAAAAAAAAACCCCAGGUAUGUAUUUAUUUUAUGAAGAGUUGGAAACAAUGUAACUGGCAACUCUAAAGUUAUUAUUCUCGGUUAGGACAAAGUUACGUGUUCCUAUCUAAGCUCUUGUAAGUGAGUUGAUUUAAAGAAAAACAUUAAGUUAAAAUGUUCCUUGGAGUUUUUUUUAAGUAUUAAAUAAAAAGAUAGUAUGUGGUAUGGAAAAAAGACGAGGAAGUCAUGCCAAAGGCUAAGGUUGGAGAAACAUUGGCUGGGUAGAUGCUGAGUGUCUGAUUGUAAAAAAAUGCUUUUUACUUGGAAAACUGUUACUUUGUUUGUACUUUUUUAAAAAAAAUUAGAGUUUUUAUUUUGAGAUCACUGCAGACUCCACGCAGUUGUAAGUAAUAAUACAGAGGGCUCCUGAGUACCCUUUGUCCCAUCUCCCCCAAGGGUGACACCUUGCAAAGCGGCAUUGCAUUCUCCCCACCGGGAUGUCAACAUCGAUGCAGGCAGCAUUCAGGACAUUGCUGUGGCCACGAGGGUCCCUGGGACAGCCCGUCCCUCGUCCUCCCCAGCCUCAUCCCUAGCCCCUGGCAGCCACUAAUCCACUAUCCAUUUCUGUGCUCUCGCCAUCACAAGAAGGUUAUCCAGUGGAAUCGUGCAGUGUGCCACACUUCGAGCUUUCAAAAACUAGUAUGUAUGACUUUAAUGAUGAAAAUAAAUUAUAUUAAGUAUUGAAA